UACGGCUACAAUGCCCAGCUCAGCGACCGCAUCUCGCUGGACAGGACCAUCCCUGACUACCGACCCAAGAGGUGCCGGCAGAUGACUUAUGCUGAGGACCUGCCACAGGUCUCCGUGGUCUUCAUCUUUGUCAACGAGGCCCUGUCAGUCAUCCUGCGCUCCGUGCACAGCGUCGUCAACCACACACCCUCGCGGCUCCUCAAGGAGGUCAUCCUGGUGGACGACAACAGUGACAACACGGACCUCAAGUUCAGCCUGGACCAGUAUGUGCACAGGCGGUACCCUGGGCUGGUCAAGGUUGUGCGCAACGGCCGGCGGGAGGGCCUGAUUCGCGCGCGGCUGCAGGGCUGGAAGGCAGCCACUGCGCCUGUCGUCGGAUUCUUCGAUGCCCACGUGGAGUUCAACACCGGCUGGGCCGAGCCCGCCCUGGCACGGAUCCGCGNGGACCGGCGGCGCGUGGUCCUGCCGGCCAUCGACAACAUCAAGUACAGCACGUUCGAGGUGCAGCAGUAUGCCAACGCCGCCCACGGCUACAAUUGGGGCCUAUGGUGCAUGUACAUCAUCCCGCCGCAGGACUGGCUAGACCAGGGCGACGAGGCCGCGCCCAUCAGGACACCCGCCAUGAUCGGCUGCUCAUUUGUGGUGGACCGUGAGUACUUCGGAGACAUUGGCCUUCUGGACCCUGGCAUGGAGGUGUAUGGGGCCGAGAACAUCGAGCUGGGCAUGCGGGUGUGGCAGUGCGGCGGCAGCAUGGAGGUGCUGCCCUGCUCCCGCGUGGCCCACAUUGAGCGCACCAGGAAGCCCUACAACAAUGACAUCGACUACUAUGCCAAGCGCAAUGCACUGCGGGCUGCCGAGGUGUGGAUGGACGAGUUCAAGUCCCACGUGUAUAUGGCCUGGAACAUCCCCAUGACCAACCCCGGGGUGGACUUCGGGGACGUGUCUGAGAGGCUGGCCCUGCGCCAGAAGCUGAAGUGCCGCAGCUUCCGGUGGUACCUGGAGAACGUGUACCCCGAGAUGAGGGUCUACAACAACACCCUCACAUAUGGAGAGGUAAGAAACAGCAAAGCCAGCGGCUACUGCUUGGACCAGGGGGCAGAAGAUGAUGACCGGGCCAUCCUGUACCCAUGCCACGGCAUGUCCUCCCAGCUCGUGCGGUACAGUGCUGACGGCCUCCUGCAGCUGGGCCCGCUGGGCUCUACCGCCUUCCUGCCUGACUCCAAGUGUCUGGUGGACGACAACCGGGGCCGCACACCAGCCCUGCGGAGGUGCGAGGAUGUGGCUCGGCCCACACAGAGGCUCUGGGACUUCACACAGGGAGGCCCCAUUGUGAGCCGGGACACAGGCCGCUGCCUGGAGGUGGAGGUGUCCAAAGACGCUAACUUUGGGCUGCGGCUGGUUGUGCAGCGGUGCUCGGGGCAGAAGUGGACCAUCCGGAACUGGGUCAAGCAUGGGCGGCACUGACCCUCGCCAGCCACCCUUGCCACAGGCACAGCUCUCAAGCCCCACAGACUCUCAGGGCUGGGCCCUGACUCUUUAGACAGGGGCAGGAGGGCACUGUCAGGCCAGUCUCACAGUCUCCACGUCAGGGGCAUGGACCCCAGGUUGGGGGUCCCCAGGUGGGGCUGCCCAAGGGCCUCCAGGGACGGCAACAGCAAUGCCGAACAUGUGCCUUUUUCCUCAGUGUUCCCACCUUCCUGCAUGUGCUAAGUCCUGUACAUAGUCUGCUGGGACAGCACCCAGCCAGCUGAAGAUGAGGACAGGACAAAGACAAGGACGAGGAUAGCCCUGAGGCUGCACACAGUGCUCCUACCCUGGAAGGAACAGACCCAGGCCUAGCUGGCACCCCAGCGCCUCUGCUCAGCCAACCCAAGGCAAAAAUCAGAGUGGCACUUGAGGCCUGGUAGCAGAGAGAGGGAAGAAAGCCCUACACCAUAGCCCUAGAAACCCAAAGCCCUAUUGUGGAGGUGACCACUAGACCAUGGCCACAAAGCCAUGGGGACAUGUGCCUGCCAGGCCAGGGUCAGGGGUCUGGGGGUGCCUGCUAUGCCAGGGUCCAGGGAUAGCUGCUGGCCAGGGUCCCAGCUUUGCCCCCCACCCUCAGCCCUGGCUCCAGCUCUUGAUGCUUUCCUGCCCUCGGUGGCAGGGGGCCAAUGAAAGACACCCAGCCCCUUGCCUGUUUUUUAAAUAAAGUUUUAUUGGCACAUGGCCACACCCAUGGCUCACAUAUUGUCUGUAGCUACUUCAGGGUGGCAGGCACAGCUGGCUGUUGCUGCAGGGCCCCCAGAGCCAGAGACACUGCCUCUUUGGCCUUCUAGAAAAAUGUACACCCUGUGUCAUCCAGGGGUGCUGGCUGCCUGUGUCCCUGUCUGGCAGUAGAAGAACCCAUGGAAGCAGUCAUCUUGGCUGUCUGUGGUCUGGAUGCAGCAUCAGGGCUGCAGGAGGCUCAGAAUGAGGUUUCCCUCAGGGCAGCUGCGUGCCUGGCACACACUACAAGACUGGAAAGGAACAGAGUCAUGUGGCCCAUCCUGCCCUGUCACAGGCCAUCGUGUUUGCACACCCUGGACAGUCAGUUCACAUGCCACUCUUCUUUCUCAACCCCAUGCCUCUACCUAGCACUGGUCUGGAACCCCCAUACCUCAGCCUCUUCUUCCCUGGGACCCACAGCACCUCUUCUCUGUCUCCCCCAGAGCCAGGAACCCAUUCUCCAGUCUCAGCAGAGCUUUGGCCAGCCCUUGCCCAGGAAAGCCUUCCUUCCAGCUCAGAUCACCCCAAAACAUCAGGAGGCUGCGGUGACCCCAAAGUCAUUGGGAGCUCUCGGUGCAGAGCCCUGUGUGGGUCCCACACCCGAGCUUUGCUGGGCUGUGGCCACAGGGGCUCCAGAGCCUGCGCUGGGUCCAGCUCAGAACAAGGUUGUGCAGAAACAGACCCAAGAAAAGGAAGGGGAAAAAGAAAAGGAAGGAUGGCAGCAUGGCUGUGCAGUGGUUUCCAUUUUCUCAUAAGCUUUUGUUAACUGCUAUUCCUGAACCCACACACAAAGGGAGGAGCAGGGUCCGGAGCAGACCCAGGGGUCCCACUUCUUCCUGCCUGGCCACCUAGUUAGUUUUACCUUUCCUUAGAAACAACAGCUGUUUUACAUGGCACAGGUAGAGCAAACAGAGUUGAAUAAACCUAAUGAGGCCGUCUUUCAUCAGUUCAAUUAUAAAUCGGCUCUGCAGUAAAUUCAGAAAAAUCCACAUCAUUUGUGUAAAACAGCUCAUUUGUAGUCAGACUUCAGGGCCAGGCCCGGGAGCGAUGCAUGGGGCCAGCUGGGUGGUCAUGAAGCCCAAGUCUAGGGAUUCCUUCCCUCCACUCCCAGUGGAGCUUCAGGACGUAAUUAAGCCUAAUAAAAGCACUCACUGUGCCAUGAAUCUUCAUCCACAGCCAUGCUGUCUUCAGCUGGGUCCUGGGGAAUGGUGCCGAGGUCUGCUGAGGUGGAGCCACGGACACCCAACCCACAAGGGUCUUCUGCAGUCCUCAGGCCCGUGGUGAGCAAGAGACAACCCAGGAUAGGGAAGGCUGUGCAGGCAGCACAGGCACCUGGUACUGCAGAGAGUGGGCACCAGAUCCCUGGUUCCUUGCCCAUAAAAAAAAGAACAAGGCCGGGUAUGAUGGUUCACUCUGGUGAUUCCAACACUGGAG